AUAUUUACAAAAUAUUUUCAAUCUCCGAGUUUCGCUUCAAACAAAUCAAAAUAUAUAUUGACUUAAUCUCCUGGAUUAAGCGAUUUAACGUCAUAUUUUCUUUUUACGUUUGGAAUUUCCUAGCUUCAUUUAGAUAUAUUUUCAUUUGAAAAUGAGCGCCAAUACUAGCGGCAGCUAUUUAGCGCGCCUUGAGAAUUUCCAUCAACUUGACAAGGAAAGAGAGGAUAUGUUAAAAGAGCUAAUUACUAAGUACCAGGAACUUGAACAGCGCUUCGAGGCCAAAUGCAAAGACCAUGAUAAUGAAGCCCAGACACGCAGCCUUUACCAGGCGCAAGCCAAUGAAGCUCAUAAAAAAUACACUGAGAUACAACACAAAACGGAAAUUAAUUCAUUUGUAUUUGCAAUUAUUGACGGCGACGGUGCUUGUUUUCGUGAAGAUUGGAUUUUAAAAGGGGCUGAAGGUGGCGCUAUAGCUGCCGAACAGUUACGCCUCGAUAUUAAACAUCAUCUUAAAAAUAUUUAUCCCGAUGUUAACGUGGACCUUUGGAAUGUUAUUGUCCAGAUUACCCUCAACCUGGAAGGCCUUUCCAGGAAACUCGAUAAGAUCGGGUUUGUGAGGACUUUAAAUGACCUCCCCAAUUUUACUCGCGGCUUCAGCCGUGCUCAAGGACUUUUCUCAAUUAUUGAUGUUGGCUGGGGCAAGGAACAGGCCGAUUUUAAAGUCCGGGAGACGUUGCGCCUGAUGAUUCAUAACUUACAGUGCAAACAUAUUAUAUUCGGGCCUUGUCAUGACAGAGGCUACAUCGUCGAAUUAAGGCCCUAUAAGCUCGACGCCUCGAUAUCUAAUAAACUUUCAUUGCUCGAAACUACCAUCGCACCGCGAGAUUUCCAGGAGCUCCAGCUUCGUAGAGUUAGAUUCCCGGAUGUGUUUCGCUCUGAACCUCUUCCGGAUAGUCCGCUGUCUCCUCCGCCGCCUCCUCCAUCUCAAUCCCCGCCUCCGCCUCCGCCCCCGUCUUCUAUACCAUUGUUGCCAGUAUCGCCACCAAGGCAAAUAACACCAAUAAUCAAUUCAAGCAUUGACAGUGAUCCUAGCGUCACCGCUAGAGUUCCCUCCAGGAUCCCCUCUUCUUGGGGUACACCAAACCCGACUCCGACCAUUAAAGAAUCCAGGAAAUUUAUGAGCAGCCCAGACGCUUCGCCAAAAUCGACCGCUUCUCCGUUCAAGUACUGUUUAAUUAAUUCCUCGGGUCAACGUAUCGAUGAAGAGAUACCAGCUUAUGACUUUGACGCCGAGUAUCGCCUUAAGAUGCGCAGCGAGAGAGAAGAGAUGAUGUUGAAGAAAAAGGGGCCUUGCAAUCGAUGGCAUUUAAACGGUAAAUGCGAGUUGACCAUAUGUCCUUACUACCACGGAGAGCGCCUCAGCUCUGGCGAACAGCUUCUUCUGAAGGGAAAAGCUAGAAACAUGGUCUGUGUAAAAAAGAGUGCUUGUAGGGACGUCGACUGCUUUUGGGGCCAUCAUUGCAAGUAUGAAUCUAGUGGGAAAAAGUGUCCCCAUAGCAAUUGCUAUUUUGCCAGCACCCAUUCUAUGGACAUGACACCAACGGAAAGAAUUUAUGCAGAUGGUUCACACGAGAGAUUACCUAAGAGACAGUCCUUCUAAAUGAGAUGACUCGCUGCCGCAUUAGAACGCUUAUACAGCCGCUGUCCUAGCUAUCGCUGUCGCAAAUGGGAUAUUUUUAUUUUUAUUUUAAACAAAUUGAUGACUCUUGAAGCUUCAGGCGUUUGGACGAUCAUUAUAUUUAUUUUAAGGGGUUGGAUCUCACAACUUUUUAUAUUUUAAUACAUUAUUGACUAUUCAACAUAGUCGCAUUUAUAUUAUAUACCUAUCUAAUGCUGGUACUCAA